AUGUACUACGAUCAACUUACGAUCCUCAUUCACCUGCAACGGACGGGCAGCCCCGGGCUCGAUGAAUUAGAUCUGGAAACCGACGCUCUACCCGACACGUUAGAAUCGCCCCGGCACGACGAUUGCGUCUUAUACACCGCCGCGCAACAGCUUACUACGAUGAUAACAGCCCUUGUGCCCAAUCAACUCCUCUUUGUGCUACCUCAUGAUACGUACAUGUCCAUUUUUGCCGCCCAGGUGGUGUUUCUGCUUCGAAUCAUCCGAAUCCGUCGACAUCACCGGUAUCCAGCUGCAAAGGACGCGGAAAUUGCAGCCCGUGCUCAGCUUAUGACUUGUCAAACUAUCAUGCACUUGAUACUGGAUAUAUGGGAUUCUGCAGCGUGGACAACGCGUCUGUUCAACCGUCUACUGGCAAAUAUCUCAGCUGCUUCAGCGGCAACUCCAGCACGACAUCUCCAAGCUGCAAACAAUCACGAGGAAUCCUGUUCUGCAGAUACACUUGAGAAUUCACAUACUAUGCAUCAGGGCGGCGACCUUAACACUACUCAUACGAACCUGGACUUCAGCACGAUCACAGACGUGCAAUGUGUGGACCUUCCGCAAGGAGACGUUGGAUUGGAACACCCCUCGUACCUAUUUCAAGACUCUUUCUAUGAUAUGUGGUUUAAGGAGGACGACUUUCCCGGCUUGUUUACAGGCUGA